AUGUCCUCCAUCACCAGAUUCAACAGCAGCCUUGUGAGCCACCAAACCUUUGUCCUGAUUGGCAUCCCUGGGAUGCAGGAGCAGAACUCUUGGGUGGCCUUCCCACUGUUUGUGCUCUACGCCCUGACUCUGCUUGGGAAUUUCACUAUCCUCUAUGUCAUUAAAAGUGACGAAAGCCUCCAUGAACCUAUGUAUUUCUUCCUUUCCAUGCUUGCCUGCUCGGAUCUGGGCCUCUCCAUGUCCACCAUGCCAACAAUGCUGGGAGUCUAUUGGUUUGACUCAAGGGAAAUCCCAUUCAACGCCUGCAUCAGCCAGAUGUUCUUUAUCUAUAUAUUUCAAUGGGCAGAGUCUGGCAUUCUUGUGGCAAUGGCUUUUGACCGAUUCAUUGCCAUCCGUGAUCCACUGAGAUACAGAUCACUGCUCUCAAAUUCUGUAAUUGUGAAAAUUGGCAUAAUUCUCUUUUCAAGAGGCCUGUCUGUCUGCUUCCCCAUCCCCUUUCUUAUUAAGCGUCUCCCUUUCUGCAAAUCCAAUGUCCUUUCUCAUUCCUACUGUCUCCACCAAGAUGCCAUGAAGUUAGCCUGUGCAGACACCAGAGUCAACGUCCUAUAUGGUUUGAUCGUAGUCAUGUGCACUGUGGUGUUGGAUGCUCUCAUCAUUCUUGUAUCUUAUAUUCUGAUCCUGAGGACUGCUUUGAGCAUUGCCUCCCGCAAAGAAUGUCUGAAGGCUCUCAACACCUGCGUAUCCCACAUUGCUGCCAUCUUGAUUUUCUACGUCCCAAUGAUUGGCGUAAGUAUGGCACAUCGAUAUGGGAAGCACCUUUCCCCCAUUGUUCACAUGCUUAUGGCCAACAUCUAUGUUGCAGUCCCACCACUUCUUAAUCCCAUUGUGUACAGUGUGAAGACCCAGCAGAUUCGGCAAAGGAUAUGCAACAUUUUGCAGUUAGGGAAGAAUAGGGAGUGA